GCGCAAGAGCAGGACCGUCACACAGGAGCAGAGCAGCAGCGCUGGAGGAACGCAUCCAAACAUCUCAUCCUCUACACCAAAGCCCGUUUAUUUUAAGCGAGGUCUUUGUAUAGAUACGUAUAUUGUUUCGGGAUUUGCAGACAGUCUUGCGCGUUAUCUGAGGAAAACGGCCUCAUCCUCACCGAUAAUCCGCCAGCUUUUCGGGAAAUAACCAAGGAGUUGUUUCACACAACCCCGAGCGCAAGGUUCGCAUCGUGGCUCUUUCAGAAGUGGCAUGUUCGAGGGAUACCGCGGACACAAUUGAACUCCUGCUUUCACCCAAAGAGGAUUCAAUGAAAAUGUCCGUGUGCGUCCAUGAGAACCGAAAAUCGCGAGCCAGCACUGGCUCGAUGAACAUCUACCUGUUCCACAAGUCCUCCUAUGCCGAUAGUGUCCUCAUGCACCUCAACUCGCUGCGGCAGCAACAACUUUUCACAGACGUCCUGCUUCAUGCAGGUAGCCGCUCCUUCCCCUGCCAUCGGGCCGUGCUGGCUGCCUGCAGCCGCUACUUUGAGGCCAUGUUCAGCGGCGGGCUGAGGGAGAGCCAGGCCAGUGAGGUCGACUUCCGUGACUCCAUCCACCCGGAGGUUUUAGAGCUCCUGCUGGAUUAUGCGUACUCAUCACGUGUGGUCAUCAACGAGGAAAACGCAGAGUCACUAUUGGAGGCUGGGGACAUGCUAGAGUUUCAGGACAUCCGGGAUGCCUGUGCUGAAUUCCUAGAGAGAAACCUUCACCCAACUAACUGCCUCGGCAUGCUGUUGCUGUCUGACGCCCACCAGUGCACCAAGCUGUCAGAGCUCUCCUGGGGCAUGUGCCUCAGCAACUUUCCCGCUAUUUGCAAGACAGAGGACUUCCUCCAACUGCCCAAAGAUAUGGUGGUGCAGCUUUUGUCACAUGAGGAGCUAGAGACAGAAGAUGAGAGACUGGUUUAUGAAGCUGCCCUUAACUGGAUCAACUAUGACCUGGACAAGAGACACUGCCACCUUCCAGAGCUCCUGAGAACGGUCCGCCUGGCCUUGCUGCCUGCCAUCUUUCUCAUGGAGAACGUUUCUACAGAAGAGCUGAUCAACGCAAAGCCCAAGAGCAAGGAGCUCGUGGAUGAAGCUAUCCGCUGUAAGCUUAAGAUCCUGCAAAACGAUGGCGUCGUUAACAGCCCGUGUGCUCGACCAAGAAAGACCAGCCAUGCCUUAUUUCUUCUGGGAGGGCAGACUUUCAUGUGCGACAAGUUGUACCUGGUGGACCAGAAAGCCAAAGAGAUCAUCCCCAAAGCAGACAUUCCCAGCCCCAGGAAGGAGUUCAGCGCCUGCGCCAUCGGAUGUAAGGUGUACAUCACUGGUGGGAGAGGCUCAGAGAAUGGUGUGUCCAAAGAUGUGUGGGUCUACGACACCGUCCAAGAGGAAUGGUCAAAGGCAGCACCCAUGCUCAUUGCCAGGUUUGGCCAUGGCUCUGCCGAGCUGAAACACUGCCUCUACGUGGUAGGAGGUCACACGGCAGCAACUGGCUGCCUCCCAGCUUCUCCGUCUGUAUCGCUCAAACAGGUGGAACAGUUUGACCCAGUGGCAAACAAGUGGACCAUGGUGGCUCCUUUGAGAGAGGGUGUGAGCAAUGCAGCAGUGGUCAGCGUCAAGCUCAAGCUCUUUGCCUUUGGAGGAACCAGCGUCACCCACGACAAGCUGCCCAAGGUGCAGUGCUACGAUCCGCAGGAGAACCGAUGGUCUGUGCCCGCGUCCUGCCCGCAGCCGUGGCGCUACACAGCCGCCGCCGUGCUGGGAAACCAGAUCUUCGUCAUGGGCGGGGAUACAGAGUUCUCAGCAUGCUCGGCUUACAAGUUCAGCAGUGACACCUACCAGUGGACUAAAGUGGGCGACGUGACGGCCAAGCGGAUGAGCUGCCAGGCUGUGGCAUCGGGGAACAAACUGUAUGUGGUGGGUGGGUACUUUGGCACACAGCGGUGUAAAACUCUUGACUGCUAUGACCCCACGCUGGAUGCUUGGAACAGCAUCACUACUGUGCCAUACUCGCUCAUUCCCACUGCUUUCGUCAGCACCUGGAAACAUCUGCCUGCUUGAGCCUAAAACCCUCUACCUAUACCCUUUACAUGAGAUUUCCCUGUUUUGCAUCAUCUACUGGACUCCAACUGUGAAGAAGCACACGUUAUCUUCCUCUAAAAGAGACGCAAAGCAGUGAUGUACAGACACCCGCAUUCAUCUUGAUGUUGCAAAGAUGCAGAAACUGGACAAAAGCUGGAUACUUUACUGGAAUGAUGUCUACUCUCAUUUCCAAAAAGGACGCUGAGGCCUAACAGGGCAGUAGCUUACGCAAACAAACCAAACAAACUGCUGCUUGUUUUAUGAGGCACAAACUCCAACCUUGUGUACAUCUGGCAUAUGCUUUCAUGCUGCCAUACGAGGACUGCAAACAUAUCACACAACCUGCAUUUUUCCCAUUUAGUCAUGACAGGCUUGUGAGAAUGUGCAUUGAUGUUUUUCUCUAUGAUAAAAAAAAGUUAGAAAAAAUAUUCUCUUUUCAUCGAGGCUGCAGUGUAUAGCAUGAUGGAUGUUCUAUUUACAUUGAGGAAGGGAGAAUGCAAUUGAUUGGUGUGCUAUAGGAAAAAAAAAACUCAGUUUAACUUAAUAUAGCCGAUUUAUAAAAGGCACAAUGAAGGAGCAAAUCACUUCUUUCUCUUCUCUAAUAAGCUCUUUUGUUUUUUCCCCCUUGUAUCUUUUAUUUUCUUCUUUCAAAGCCGGGCUUCUAACAGCUCUGACACAGAAACAGACCUUUGAGUGUUCCUCUUAUGAAGGCUUUGGCAGUUUGCCGUCACUGAAUGCCACGAGGUGUUGACGAACCAACACCAGCUGAGGUUGAGGAGGAUGGAGGGGAUCUGUGCGUUGCCGGUGGGGGUCGAGGUGCCUCGGGGUCACAAACUUACAUGUUUGCUGUUUCGCAGCUACGCAUCAACACCCGCUGAACGCCGGUUAACUAACCCACUAUACACAGGGGCGGUAUUCAGAGUUAGGAUCCAUCCAUCGCUUCAGAAAGAACACUGUCACAUUCAGCUGUACACUUAAUGCUGUAAAAGACCGGCUGUGCUUCUUUUAUUCUGAUAAAAGCAGUUGCUCGCUUGCUGAGUCAUGGCUGAACCCUUUCUAGAGCAUGUCCACUCAUAGUGAUUCAGUAAAACUGGCAUGAACUCUUCUCUGUGGUCACAGAAAUCUUGUCACCUUAACCUAAACUGAGAAUGAAUCAGUUUCGUUUUAAACUUGCUGCAAUCUAGGCUUAAUUUAUAUGACAAUGAUUACUCUGUUCUGUUAAUAUGUUUAAUCCUAUUUAUUUCUUCUCUGCCUGCAUUCUUAUGUGAACGUAUCUUUCGGGUUAUGUCAUGCAUGGCCAGGUGUUGUGUUUUAUCUGAUCUCAGUUGGGCUACAUUUUGCACAAUUCAGUCUUUCCCAGGAGGAACUUUAAAUUCUUUCAAAAGAGACAGAGGUUAACCUCUCACAGAGUAUUGAUGGAAGGGGAAGAAUGGCUCGGAUUACUGGUGAUGUGAAGCAUUUCAGGCCACAGGGUCGCUGUCCCGAUAAAAAGACUGAAUGGUGUUGAAAGAAAUUCUAUUUUGACCUCUGAUAGAUUCUCUUCAAGCUCUCACCUGGGUCCAGACCUGUCUUAAAUAGACCCGUCAGGGUCCAAACUGUACUAACAAAACAUGAAAAUCUGAAUGAUAAAAACAGAUAAGGCUGCUGGAACGGUGCGGUAUGCGACCCAGUAACUAACCUUGACAUGGUUAAGAAUGCAACAGUCUUUGCAGCUGUCCUUGGGGCAGCUGGAGGACUGUCACAUGUGCUAUCUUGGCUCUUCGAGGUGUUAACCCACAGUCUUCUUUACCAUUGGGUUGAGAAAGAGUUCCAGAGAAUCCAGUAAGCUGUGCAUUGAUAAGGGCAGAAACCGCAGUGCUUUUCACCGUAGUGUCAAUGAUGCACCUAAAAAAAGGAAGAAAGAAAACCUUGCAAGUUCUGAAAGACCAAAAAGAGAGAAUGUCUUAAACACUUGCAUAUGAAAUCCUUGAUAACUCUAAUCAGUGUUUUGUCUGUAUGUCUGUCUAUGUGACCUGAACAUUGACGUUUUACAACUGAAUAUUAAUGAAAUCAUUGAAUUUCAAUGUGUUUUGGUGGAAUAUGUAUAUAUUUUUUCAAAUGUCCUCCCUUGUGGAUUCAUGAAACAAAUCAAGUCUGUGGGGAUCAAUUGGUAAACAGCUUUGUAAAUUCCUGCUCAGCUCCUUAAGCCACCCACAAGUUCAUCCUUUUAUUGGCAAUUUUAAGGACUUCAGUGGAGAACCUUGGGGCUCCACGACCUCCUCCAAACACUGAACACAAAGCUUUUGGCCCCACCAAUCAGAUAGGAGCAUUUUUUCCCCAUAGAACGCAAGUUUCCCUGGCAACAGCGAGUAAUGAAUUCCCCUUCAAUUUGCACCUAAUUGCUGAGUGGCAUUUCCCAUUUCUACUCUUGCCCUCCGCUUUUCCUCUGUUUUGUCUGGAUAUCCAGCUGGCUCAGAUAGGAGCACAGUAUCUUGCUUCACAUAAUGAUGUAAAUUAGACAGAAAAAAGACACACUGUCAAUGUGCAUCGGUUUCAUUUUUUCUUUGUCAUGUAAGAGUUUAAUUUCUAUUUUUUAUGGCAUUAUUUUGUACGUUUUUUUCACAAUGUGAAAUUCAUGGCUAAUAAACAUAAGAGUUUUUUCCUCUUGACUGUAAA